UGCCGCAAUGAGCUCCGAGAGCUGCGUCCAGCCACCGAUUCAUGAUCAUAGUGAGAAGGAUGCUGCAACAAGCUUUGAGAGUAUCCGGCCGCAGUGCCAUCCCCCUGAUCAAGUGGAUAGAGAGGUGGGCUGAGAGCGCAUCCGCCAAGCAGCAUGCAGCCAAGACCCUGCAGGACAUGCCCGGACCCUCCGUGGUCAGUUUCGCCUGGGACUUGUUCGCCAAACGGGGGCUGUCCCGGCUGCACCAUCUGCAGCUGGAGGGCUUGCAGCGAUAUGGUCCCAUGUGGAAGGCGAGCUUUGGCCCCAUUCUGACCGUUCAUGUUGCUGAUCCAGCGCUCAUUGAGCAGGUUCUGAGGCAGGAGGGCCAGCACCCCAUGCGCUCUGACCUCUCCUCCUGGAAGGACUACAGGAAGCUCAGGGGACAUCACUACGGACUCCUGACUUCUGAGGGGGAGGAGUGGCAGUCGGUGAGAAGUCUCCUUGGUAAGCACAUGCUGCGACCCAAAGCCGUGGAAGCCUACGAUGAAACCCUGAACGGCGUGGUCAGCGACCUCAUUGCCAAACUUCGCCUGAGCAGAAGCUCUGAGGGCCUUGUCGUUGACAUCUCAAGCGAGUUCUAUCGAUUCGGCCUCGAGGGCAUUUCCUCGGUUUUGUUUGAAUCAAGAAUUGGUUGCCUGGAUGAGGUUAUCCCUGAAGAGACGGAGCGUUUCAUCCAAUCGAUCAACACCAUGUUCGUAACAACGCUUCUCACCAUGUUCAUGCCGAAGUGGCUCCACCGGCUGUUUCCUAAACCCUGGAACACCUUCUGUCAGAGCUGGGACUACAUGUUCGACUUUGCUAAAGGCCACAUUGACCAGCGUAUGACGGCUGAAGCAGAAAAGGUUGCCCGUGGAGAGGAGGUGGAGGGCCGCUAUCUGACCUACUUCCUGUCGCGGGCCGGGAUGCCGAUGAAGACUGUCUACAGCAACGUCACAGAGCUGCUUCUUGCAGGAGUCGACACAAUCUCCAGCACCAUGUCCUGGUCGCUGUACGAGCUGUCCCGUCACCCUGAGGUGCAGGCAAUGCUCCGGGACGAGGUGUUGAGCGUGCUGCAGGGACGAAGCAUACCGGAGGCAGCAGACGUGGCCCGCAUGCCUCUCCUGAAGGCCACCGUCAAAGAAGUGCUUAGGUUGUACCCGGUCAUUCCUGCCAAUGCAAGAGUCACUACAGAGAGAGACAUCGAGGUUGGAGGCUACCUCAUCCCUAAAAAUACUCUGAUUACCCUUUGCCACUUCGCGACAUCACGAGAUCCCGCCGUGUUUCCGAAUCCAGAUGAAUUUCAGCCCCAUCGCUGGUUGAAGAAGGACCAGACGUUCCACCCGUAUGCCUCCAUACCCUUUGGGGUGGGAAAGCGCAGCUGCAUAGGGCGUCGCAUCGCCGAACUGGAGCUCUACCUCGCUCUUUCGAGGAUCCUCUUAGAGUUUGAUGUGAAGCCCGACCCAGAAGGGAUUUCUGUGAAACCCAAGACCAGAACGCUUCUGGUUCCUGAAAGUGUCAUUAGCCUCCAGUUUAUUGAACGAUGACCCACUCUCCUGAACUGGUCUGUUGCACGAACGAGAAUGUUACUCUCUCGCCGUAGAGAGUGAUAGCAGGUGGAGUUAUCGCAGGAAACGUGAGGCUGUUGCACGCAGUAAGGGCGGACCUUCGACCUUUGUCACUGAAAAGGCCAAAGCCCUCCAUAUCUGUUACCUAGUGUGUCGAGGCUGCUGGUAAAGGAGGGCAGAUGAACGAAUGAUGAGCAGUGACAGCUCAUCACUGAGGAUUUCCUCUGGUAUAACUCCAAAUGUAAUACUGUGGGCUGAUGUUUUUUUAGAAGUAUAUCACCAUCAAGCUCUUAUUUGCACCUCGGCCAAGAGUCAUCCAGUGAUCACCUUCAGUAUGUUUCAAAACCCAAAAUGCAAACUUUAUCCUUAAGUGAGCCAGGCCAUUGAAUUUGCACCAUUUCUGUAUUUGACACUGAUUUUAAUGUAACCCCUUCAUAAAUCUGAGUUUACCUCUGAUGUUCUGCACUCUUAACGUAUGUGCCCUGGUCGUGCAAAUAUUUAAUACAAAGAGCGUUUCUGUAAGUAAGUCUGAGACACAGUAUGUUGUAUUUCUAGAGACACAGACACAUGAACACUGUUUCUUCAGCUGUUGUAGGAAUGUUGAGUUGACAGGAUGUAUUAAUCAAAGUGUUCUUCAUAAGGUGAUUAUGGUUCACUUUUAGUGACGGGUUCCUUUAAAAAAAUGUUUUUAUAAAAACGGCAGCUAUUGAAAUGAUUCCUGUGUAGAAAUAUAUGAUGCUGUUUAAAAUCCCUAAAAGAGGCCUCUUUGCACUCAGGUAUUGUCUAUACUGUCUUUAACAUAUGCAACAAUUUAAGAGUGCAGCACAAUGCUACUUUAUCUGUCUUACAUUGUUUAUAAACCUACUAGUUUGAGUGUUAUGCCACCAUUUUGUAAAUGUAAUACGUUUCAGUAACUGAACUCUAUUUAUUCUAAUUUAACACAUUUUAGAACUGGUACUGUAAAUAUCAUUAAAAAAUGUCAGGUUGGACUUUG